AUGACACAAUCUGCAACCUAUCCAAUUGAACCAAAUGGUACCAAACUCACCACCAAAUCUGGUAACCCAGUCGUUUUGGGUACAGGAACCGGAACCAAAUGGCAAAAGAUUAAGAAGGCCAGAGACGUUUCAUUAAAGGACACGAUUGUCCAAGAAAUGGUGGACUAUUUGGUUGAAAGUGUAAAGAACGGGUACAGACAUAUUGACACCGCCGAAAUUUACACCACCCAUCCCGAAGUUGCGAAGGCAAUUGCGACUUGUGGAGUCCCUAGAGAGGAUCUCUUUAUUACCACCAAGUACAACCCAGGUGUCAAGGGCGUUCCAGCUCCUAAUAAAUCCGGUGCUGCGUCUGUAGAUGCUGCUUUAAAGGAUCUUGGUGUUGAGUAUAUCGAUUUGUUCUUAAUCCACUUUCCAUUUUUUGACUUGUCCUUGAGUAACGGACAAUCUCUCGAGGAUGUUUGGGCCGACUUGAUCCAGGCGAAAAAAGCUGGAAAAGUGCGUUACAUUGGUGUGUCGAACUUUGCAAUUGACCACUUAAAGCGCACUUUCAAAGUAGCGGGUGGAGAUCCAGAGGGCUAUCCUCAAGUGAAUCAAAUCGAAUUCCACCCAUAUUUGCAAGAUCAGAGUCCGGGAAUACGUGACUUUUGUAAAGAACACAACAUUUUGAUUGAAGCCUACGGCCCCUUGUCUCCUCUUUUCAGAAUCGAACAAGAAGGUGAAGAGGAGAAAAGCCACCCGCUUGACGCUGUGUUACCUAAAUUGGUGGAAAAAUACGGGAAAACAGACUCGCAGAUUCUCUUGAGGUACACCUUACAAAAGGGUCUUUUGCCAAUUACAACAUCGUCAAAGCCAGAGAGACAAAGAGAAGCCUUGGACGUGUACAACUUCAAACUUGACGAUGAAGACGUCAAGUUAAUUGAUGAAGAGGGUGCCAAGUUUGAACAUAGAAAUUUCUUCAUUGGUCUCUUCUAA